UCCAGAUGAAGUGUCCAGUUGAAGAACACUGAAGGUCCUCCCCGAACUCGAAAUCGAUCGUCUCCGCCGCGUUAGCUUCUCCUCGCUCAGCCGCCGUCGGAGGAAUCAAAAGAUCGGAUCUUGGCAGGAUAGUUCUUGUUGCGAGCAUAGUCUUGGGAAAGGGGAAAUGGAAGCCAAGUUCUUCCGGUUCUUGAAGAUAGUCGGGGUUGGAUACAAGGCGAGAGCCGAGGCAGCAGGCCGUCUCUUGUAUCUGAAACUGGGAUACAGUCACGAAGUCGAACUGGCUGUCCCUCCGGCAGUCCGGGUGUUCUGUUUCAAGAACAAUGUGGUGUGCUGUACGGGAAUAGACAAGCACAGGGUUCAUCAGUUUGCUGCAACUGUACGGAGCUGCAAGCCUCCUGAAGUGUACAAGGGCAAAGGCAUAAUGUACAUCGACGAAGUCAUCAAGAAGAAACAAGGCAAGAAAUCUAAAUGAUCUCUCUCUCUCUCUUUGCUUUGCUUCUUUUCAGCUUUUUUUGUAGUGGCCAUUGAACUUUGACGUUUCAAGAUGGAUUUUGUAUUUGUUAAAUCGAUGAUAUGUAUUGGAAUAUGAUGUCCGAAAUGUGUUUUGGAACGGUAUCAUAUUUGGUUUGUGUGAA